GAAAAUCGCUGCCAUGUGCCAUGGCCUCUGGGCUCCACUUGUUGCCCCAACACGUUUGCCUGGUAGCCUGCCGCGGCGUCAGAACGGGAGACGUAAGGCUUCCUGGAAGCUACGGCGGUCAGAGGUGGCAACAUCCAGCUGCUUGGUGGCCCUGGCGCGACGCCGCAGUCGAUACGUCACACCGGAGGAGGACUUCGAGGUGGCAGUUUCUUACACAGACGUCAAGGUUGAAGAUACCCAGGAUGGACGUGGGAAGUGUCUUGUGACGCUGCGCCCUUUGCAACCAGGUGAGUUGAUCCUUUCCGAGAAGCCACUUUUUCUGCGUCCACAGGGCUGGUCGCAGCGAAGGGUGGCAAUGCAACUGGGCCGUUUACCCUGGCCGAUUCGCUCAAGGAUGCUAGAGCUGGCCGAAGCGCCCAUCGAUUCCAAAGAUCAGGACGAUGGAGCUGGCGGCGCAUUACUUCGAGUGUUGCGCGCUAAUGGUUUGCAAUCGCUUCAAGGAACUUCGGUAUGUCAUGUGAUCUCCCGGGCGAACCAUUCUUGCAGACCUAAUGCAACUCUACGACCCGAGGUCUCAGGCGCCAUCUCGUUGGUUGCAGUGACUGAGCUGGAAGCAGGCGAUGAGAUCUUGAUCUCCUACCUGUCUGGAGAGGAUUUGCUACGACCCACUUGGGUUCGGAGGAAGGAGUUGCAACGGGGGCCUUGGAAGUUUCGUUGCGAAUGCCCCCGGUGCCAAGCUAUUGACGACACCAGGGGCAUGCAAUGCGACCGCUGUGGACGUGGAUACCACUGGCCUUUGGGGGAAACGUGGUCGCCCUGCAGCGAGUGCAAGGCGGAAGCAAAAGCGGCAGACUUGGAGGAGGCAGAACGCUUUUGGCAUCGAGAAUUGUCACAGUUAGACCGCGCUGGGGACCUCUACGACUCCAUCGCUGAAAGGCUCUACGAUGCCAUGGCAGGCAGUUCCGAACUGCGACCAGCGGCAGGUCGACACUGGGUUCACGCCUUCGCCUGCCGCGCCUGCGCCAGUGCAAGGCCAGGGCGCCUUGCACCGUUGAAGGCGGCCCGGGCGGCGCGGCAGCUGGCAGCCUUUGUCAAGCGUCUGCGCCCGGGCUACAGCACCGCGCAUGCUGAGGCGCUGCUGCUGAGGGCCACAGCCUUCGCAGGGAAGCGGCUCAAGCCACGGGCGCGUUUGCUGAUGAAUUUCUGGAGCCAGCGGGCUUUGCAAGAAGCAGAGCCCUUGUUGGGUGCCCACCAUGAGAUGGUGAGGCAUUUGAAAGAACUCCAGAAUGCGGCGGAGGAAAAAAGGAGCGGUACUGCCAAUCUGAAAGUGAGGCCGCCGGUGGAUAAUCAACCUGGUGGUCCAACCAUAUUUGUCAAACCAAUGGUGCAGCGUGGUAUUCUUCACGAUUUUAGACCCGAGGUUUUGCCCUCCACGGCUUCCUUUGCCAUGGUGUUGCUCUUAUUAGAGGUGGGUCUCGCGAAGAUGGGUUUCUACGUUGUUGGCAGCGCCGUGCCAUUUUUGGAGAUCAUGGCGAAUUGCAGCUACAAGUACGUCCAGGUAACCCUUAUGGUCAUCGCCAGGAUACUGACGGGUCCCAACAUGAUCUACUGGGUCUUCUUUGCCUACUUUGCAGCCUGUGCAGCUUGGGUGGUGCGUCGCUUUCUGCUGCAUUUUGAGCCUUCCGGAAUGAAGGAGCAGUACGGUGUUGCACCCAGUGCCAUGCAUGGCCAUGUGAUCCUCGGGUUGGCUGUGGCCCAACUGCCACUGUGUUGGCUCCUGACCCCUUCGGCUGUGCUCCCCGAAAUUCCGUGGUACCGCCACCGGCCGCUGUCCCGAAACACCAUGGCCUCCGCCCGGCCGGACGUCAACGGCCCCGCGGAGAAGCUGAUCACAGAGCUCCAGCAGAGUCGAAAGAUGCACAUGAUCGAGUAUUUGCAGGCAAAACUACUGGAAGAUCAGCGUCGGAGCUUGAAGCAUUUCGAGUGCGUUCAAAGUGGUCUUAGCAUUAUGCGUGCUGGCGCCUUGCGUUCGCGCCCAUCCACCUCCCCAGCGGCCAGUAUGGCAGCUGCCACCGCGGACGAUUUGGGGCUUCAGCGACUGUCCUUUUCAGAGACCUUACGCGCGGAGGUCGAAGCCUCCAGGUCCGCCUGUGGCAUCGGGCCAGAGGUCAGCCGCACCAAGACAGCCCCGGAGACCGCGACCACGAUGGCCCAAAUCCCCGAGCAACCAGAGCUGGAGCGGCCGAAAACCACUCCCGGCACCAGAGAUGGCUCUCAGAGUCUCAACACCCGUGGCUUCAAAUCGAUGAAGACGGCCGGCACGGUGAAGUUUCAAAGCGCCAGUGGCAGUGGCCCCUUGGGGGUGAGUUGGACCGAUGAGGAAGAGCAGGAGUUCUACCGCUUUCACGAAGAGUCCUUCUAUGCCUCGAACGUUCGCGACCUCACUGGCCUGAGCGACCAGGCUUUGUUUCGUCAAAAAGGCCAAAGCAAAGUUCUGUCGCAAAGCAGCGAUGUGAUCACCUUCGACUUUGGUGAUUUGGGUCGACGACUAGCGAUCGCGGAUCGAGAGGGCCAGCUUUCUGUGUGGAAUGUGGCAGAUCGAGAAAAGAUUUGGUCAUCAUCGAUCUCCUCUUGUACAACCAUGGCCUUUUCAUUGAGUGGAAAAUUCAUCGCAGCGGUCAACAAUGAAGGAGUGAUCCACUUUUGGAACUUGAGCUCUAACCCACAGUCGGCUCCUCUCCAAACCUUCAACGCUGGUAGCAAGGUGAAUGCGUUGGCCUUCGCCGAUAAGGGACUAGCACUGUCCACGGCUGAGAAGGUGGUGCUGCUGGCAGCUCCUUCUUUGCAGGAGGUGGCGGUUCUUCCUCAAACUGGUGACGUGAGAGAGCUGUCCUUUUCUCCUGAUGGUGCCUUCUUGGUGGCUGCUGGACUGCACGUGGAUCCCCGCUCCAGCAUCAUGGUGGAGGACGGCGAUCCCAGUGCAGGAGCUGUGUUUUGGUCCGUCACCGACUCCUUUCGGAGGCUGGGUGCUAUGGUUUUUCGACAAGUUCUCCGUGCCACCACGUUCAGACCUGAUGGAAAGCUUUUGGCCCUGGCAGGUGAUAAUAAACUCAUUACCCUGUUGGACGUGUUGAACGACUUUGAUCAUGAUGGUGACCUGCCAUGUGGUCAGCCCGUGAGGGCUUUGGCUUGGAGCCCCAACCUGCGAUGUUUGGCUUCGGGGGGAGAAGACCAUACGGUCACUGUUUGGGAUCUCGCUUCGAAGCAUGUCCUGUUUCAGAUGGAUCCCAUGAAGGAUUGGAUUUUCAAGUUGGCAUGGAGUGCAACCGGCCUUUUAGCCUUCAGCCACUUGGGCGCUCAAGGCGUCCGUUUGGCUCCGUUGGAGGAGGUUCAAGACAAGAAAGAGAUGACGCUUGAACGUCCAAAUACAGAGGAGGACCUAGAGGAGAAGGAGACGCCUCAAUUUGUUUUCCUGGUGAAAGUGGCUUCGAGUCCAGGAGGGCCCGUGGAACCAAAGAAAGUUCUGGAAGAGGAGGGCUUUAACGUGAACAUCGCACGUGAUCGGGUGGAUUUGGAUCCGCUUGCGUUGGACUUGAGCUGCAAGAAUCCAGGACUACAGGUGGCUGCCCAGGACCCAACUUAUGUCACAGGGCACCACCUCAUUUCGUGCGGCUUCACGCCUCAUGAGACGCUGAUGAUUGCCGGCGAAGAUAUCUUUGAGUUCGAGGUCGAAAACAGAGCCAAGAAACGGGAGAUUCAUUUGCGAGAUGUGGCAAAAGCCCUCGCCGUUUCGCCGUGUGGAGGCUAUUUGGCAGUGGCAAACGCAUUUCUGGUUACUGUACACCGUCUGAUGUCCAAAGGACAGGAGGCGGUCUUGAAUCAAAAGGUGACCUCCAAUGUGGUGGCCUUGGCCUUCUCGGCCCAACAUUUUUUGGCCGUGGGGACCAUUGAAAAGAAGGUGCUGGUGUUUCACCUGGAAGAUAACAAGGAGCCGGCGAUACUGUCCGUGCAGGUCAACAGCUUGUGCUUCUCACCAGCUGGCAAUCUCUUGGCCGUCCCAGGAGGCAGUGAUGGAAGUGGCAAAGUGUCCUUGUGGCAAGUGGCAGGUGAAAGCUGUGAAUUCGCUGGGCUGGUGAAGACUCGCAACGUCGCCAAUGUGGCCUGUUUUACUGAACCCGGGAAGGUCUUGGCCGUUGGAUGUGAAGAUUCGCGAGUUGUCCUUCUGGCAGUCGAGCAUGGCUUCAAGUGUUGGUCAGAGCUGCGCUGCAACUUUCCGGUUCACUACCUCACGCUCUCUGGAAGCUUUCUCGCCGCUGGGGGCGAUCGCGAUAUAUGCGUUUUCAACAUCUCCAGCAGCCAGAUCGCUCUCCAAUUACCUCGGCAAGAGGAGAGAAUUCAGGGUAUUUCAUUGAGCACCAGUGGCUCAUUGCUGGCCUGUUGCUUCAGAGGUCAUGUGACGCUGCUGCCACUGGAGAGUGCGACGGAAGUCCGAACUUCAAUGAAGGUUCCAGACGACAAGGAUCGCUACAAGUCUCGUGGCACCGUCACAUCUCUAUCGCUCAAAUCGUCACCCAGCGACGUGAUGCACACCAUUCAUCUCUCCUUCGCUGAUGUGCAGGCCGGACAAGACGCUGGCCUGCAGGUGAGCCGAAGUUUGAAGUCGACUGGAAGUUGUGCCAACCUGGAUGCGGGUGACGCCGAAGAAGGGAAGCCGUCCUUCCACAAGUCCGUCUCCCUACCCUUCGAGUCCAAGGCGGGUGAAGACAGCAUCGACACCGAGGCCUACAUUCCGGUGGAUGGGGAUGGCGAAGUUUCACCACCGCCCUGGCUCCUGAAGCCACGCAUCUCUGUGACGGACAUGUCACAGGGCGAGGCUUCAAGGUGUACGACCCCCGGCGAGAAAGAGGAGGACCCAGAAGCACGCGCCUUGCGAAAGCGACAGCUGUUGGCACGUGAUUUGGGACUGGAUCCAGCCAUCCAGAGCAAGAUCAGCAUUGCAGAGCGUGAAGGAGAGGCUCCCAUCAAGCUGAAGCACAAAGAUGAGGUCCAGAGCCUUUCCUUCCAUCCGAGUGGAUCAUCCCUGGUGGCGGGCGGCUAUGACCAAGAGCUGGUGCUCUGGAAUGCUGACAGUCACAGUGUGACGGCCCAGCACCACAUCGAAAGCGAGAUCGUGGCAGUUUGUUUCUCACCAUGUGGUGAAUAUGUUUUUUGUGCAGAUAGCGAACGGGAGAUCAACGUCUUCAAAGCCAACACGUUGGAACUCCUGGCAGCCGAAGUUCUCAAGGAACACUUCGGAUGCCUCGCCGGCAUUAGCUCCCCGACACAGCUUUUGGCCGUCGGCUGCACUGCGGUCGUGAAGAUUUUUUCAGUGCCAAAGUUGGAGGAGGUUAUCAGCCUAGAGCACGGCGGGCAGGUACACAGUCUCAGUUUUUCUCCAUCCCUGGGCAUGUUGGCAGCAGCUGGAGGCAUUGACCUCACCAACGGCCUUCUGGACUAUACCAAGGACCAUGGCGACUGCAAGAAGGCCAUGGUAUGGAAGUCCACAGAUAUGGCUGGCCUUUGGGAUGAAGUGACAACCAUCAACUACAAGGACUUUUGCCACGCAGCUGCCUUCUCUCCCUGUGGGACAGCGCUUGCUUUGGCCGGAGAGGAUCGGAUGAUUUCCAUCCUGUCCGUGGGCAAGAACUUCCAGAAGGCCACCGAGCUCCCCUGCGGUGCCGGCAUCCGGUGCCUCAGUUGGAGCUACUCCUCGCGGUUGUUGGCCUCCGCCGGGGAGGACAUGCGGGUGUCAGUGUGGGAUGUUUUGUUCAAGCGAGUGGUGCUGCAUCUCCCAAAGGCAGAUGAUUGGCUUUGCAGUCUCUCCUUCAGUUCUGACAGCAAGUGGUUAGCCACAUGUGGUUAUGGACAAAAUACUGUUGAUCUGUGGCCCAUCGAGGUCGAGGAGAAAGAAUUUUUGUGCUAGCAUCACGUGCCGCGUGCUGUAUGUAUAGUUCAUGUGGAGGCUUGUAAGGCCUCCUUUCAGGUUAUGAGUGACAUCACCAGC